AUGACAAGUGGAGUUGCAUUCUUUAAGGGAUAUCCUUUCCAAUCAGUGACCUUGACCCUGAAGAGACAGAGUCACUUCUAUGUGUUAAGCAUCAUUAUUCCAAUGGCCUUGACCUCCAUCAUGAAUGCGUUUGUCUUCAUCCUUCCUGCAGAUUCCGGAGAGAAAGUAUCCUUUCUUGUUUCCAUCUUUGUGUCACAUGCUGUGUUCCUCAACUUUGUCUACGACAUCAUGCCAAGGACAUCCACCAGAGUUCCAAAGAUCAUGAUCUAUCUCAUCUGUAUCCUCCUUCAAAGCUUCCUGGCGCUCCUGGCUGUCACAACAACCCUCAGGAUCAGGAACAACCAACUCCAGGGAGAUCACGAGAGAGUUUCAACUGUGGCAGACAAGACAGAGGGGGAUAACGCCUCAGAGGUGUCCAAGAUGAAAGGUAGACUCCACAACUUGGAUGCUCAGAAGAUGGAUAACAUCCUUUUUGUGGUAUUGCUAUCCAUCGCCAUCAUCAACACUGUUGUUUUUGUUGCCAAACUCACAUCUAUGUGCAGCAUAACUGCAGUUGGAAAGUUGUUUAAAUGA